ACAUUAUUUCAGAAACGGAAGCGUCAAAUUUCUGCAGCUGUAAUCGUUGUGCCAAAUCCGCCGGUUUUCGCCGUUGUGUUUCCCGGCCAAUUCCUUCGUCCGACCACCGGUAAUCCUUCCGUCGACUUGUCCUCCGAUCAGCAGCCAUGCCGGAAGAAACCACUUCGAUAGAUUACGUCAUGGAAGCCGCCUCCGGACCUCACUUCUCCGGCCUCCGACUCGACGGGCUUAUCUCCUCUCCACCUUCUUCCUCAACUUCUUCUCCCGCUCACCGCUCUUCACUCUCCGCUUCCUCUGCACAGGUCGAUGCUAACUCUCCUAAGCAGCCUUUCGUCAUCGGUGUUUCUGGAGGUACUGCGUCUGGGAAGACGACGGUGUGUGAUAUGAUUAUACAGCAACUCCAUGAUCAUAGGGUUGUGCUGGUCAAUCAGGACUCGUUUUACCGCGGGUUGACAGCCGAGGAACUUGAACGCGUGCACGAGUAUAACUUUGAUCAUCCUGAUUCUUUUGACACCGAGCAGCUUUUGGAUUGUGUCGAGAAGCUAAAGAGUGGGCAAUCUUACCAUGUCCCAAUUUAUGAUUUUAAGACUCAUCAACGCUGUGUAGAUAGCUUUCGACAGGUAAAUGCAUCUGAUGUUAUCAUCGUGGAAGGAAUUCUUGUUUUCCAUGACCAAAGAGUCCGCAAUCUCAUGAAUAUGAAGAUAUUUGUUGACACAGAUGCUGAUGUGAGGCUUGCUCGUAGAAUUAGACGUGAUACCGUAGAAAGGGGCAGAGACAUUAACUCCGUUCUUGAACAGUAUGCGAAGUUUGUAAAACCUGCUUUUGAUGAUUUCAUUCUGCCAUCAAAGAAGUAUGCUGAUGUGAUCAUACCACGUGGAGGUGAUAACCAUGUUGCAAUUGAUUUGAUUGUGCAACACAUCCAUACAAAGUUAGGCCAGCAUGACCUAUGCAAAAUAUACCCCAAUGUUACGGUCAUUCAAUCAACAUUUCAGAUUAGAGGCAUGCAUACAUUAAUUCGAGAUCGGGACAUCUCAAAGCACGAUUUUGUUUUCUAUUCAGACCGCCUUAUACGUCUGGUUGUGGAGCAUGGCCUUGGCCAUUUGCCGUUUACUGAAAAACAAGUGGUCACUCCAACAGCAUCUGUAUACACUGGGGUUGAUUUCUGCAAAAAACUAUGUGGGGUAUCCAUCGUUCGAAGUGGUGAAAGCAUGGAAAACGCAUUGCGUGCAUGUUGCAAAGGGAUAAAAAUCGGGAAGAUUCUGAUUCACCGUGAGGGAGAUAACGGGAAGCAGCUGAUAUACGAGAAAUUACCCAAUGACAUAUCGGAGCGACAUGUCCUACUCCUAGAUCCUGUUCUCGCUACCGGUAACUCAGCUAAUCAAGCAAUUGACCUACUCAUACAGAAGGGAGUUCCAGAAUCGCACAUCAUAUUCCUCAACUUGAUAUCUGCCCCGGAGGGAAUUCACUGUGUUUGCAAACGAUACCCGUUCUUGAAAAUUGUCACUUCUGAGAUCGACGAUGGAUUGAACGAAGAGUAUCGUGUCGUACCAGGUAUGGGUGAAUUUGGCGAUCGUUACUUUGGAACCGAUGAUUAGUUAGUUAUGCAGCUCUAGCUGGUUGAAUAGGGGAGAAUAGAUAUAUCUGUCGGAGUUCGAUAAAGAAGCCUUGUUGCUGCAGAUUUUCUGAAUGAUUCUGAAUCACAUUUUUUUUUAACCAUAGAUCAACUUUGGAACAUUAGACUCAAUAGGUGUGGUAUUAUCGUCGAGUUGUUGAUGUCAACCCGACAUGUUUCUAUCUUACGAGUCAAUAAAUGGUUUAAUUUCGAUGAAAAGUUCAGCUACUUUGAUGUUUACUGACUUGGGAUGAUAAUGUUGUCCGUUUCGGAUUUUCUA